AUGCACAUCAUAAAGCCCUCGUGGCUGAGUCACAGUGGCGAGCAGAAAGACUUUGAGGUGUAUAGCUGUCACAUUUCCCCCGAUGGCAAACGACUCGCGACCGCCGGUGGUGAUGGCCACGUUCGAGUCUGGUCGACCGACGCCAUCUUCAAUGCGAAAGAUGCCAGCUACACGAAGCCGCGCCAGCUCUGCCACAUGAGCCAUCACUUGGGGACAAUUCACUCUGUGCGGUUUUCCCCCAAUGGACGGUACUUGGCCAGCGGUGCCGACGACAAGCUCAUUUGCGUAUACCAUCUGGACAAAACGCCUGCCAUCGCCUUUGGGAACAACGACCCGCCGCCCGCAGAAAAUUGGAAGACGUACAAGCGACUCAUUGGCCACGAAAACGAUGUUCAGGAUUUGGCCUGGUCCCCGGACUCGUCCCUGCUGGUGUCCGUCGGGCUCGACUCCAAGGUCGUUGUUUGGUCUGGCUACACGUUCGAGAAGCUCAAGGCCAUCCCGGCGCAUCAGAGCCAUGUCAAGGGUAUCACGUUUGACCCUGCCAACAAGUUCUUUGCGACGGCAAGCGACGACCGAACCAUUAAAAUUUUCCGUUAUACGCCCCCGGCCCCAAACUCUACACAACAUGACAUGAUCAACAACUUUGUUCUCGAGACCACAAUCAGUGCACCAUUCAAGAGCUCGCCCCUCACCACGUACUUCCGGCGGUGCUCAUGGUCCCCUGACGGCAAUCACAUCGCCGCCGCCAAUGCCGUAAACGGCCCUGUCAGCUCAGUCGCCAUCAUCGAGCGCACCAGGUGGGACAGCGAGAUCAACCUGAUCGGCCACGAAGCGCCAACCGAAGUUUGCAUGUUCUCCCCACGACUCUUCCACACGGUCAAACCAGAUGAAAAUGCCACGUCGAAUGGAACUUCUAAUCCGUUGCUCGUCACUGUCGCCGCCACUGCCGGUCAAGACAAGACCCUUUGCAUAUGGAACACGAAUACAUCGCGGCCCGUUGUCGUUCUUCAAGAUCUCAGCAGCAAAUCGAUAUCUGAUUUAUCAUGGGCUCCCGAUGGCCAGACGCUUUUCGCUGCCAGCUUAGAUGGUGGUGUUGUGGUCGUCAAGUUUGAGGAAGGAGAGCUCGGUUGGGUUGCUCAAACCGAAGAAAACGUGAGGGCUUUGCAGAAAUAUGGCGCGUCUCGCAAAGGAAUGGGCAUGCCCGAGGACGUGGAUGGCCUGUUGCUGGAGACGCACAGCAAAGCCGGAGAGUCCAAAGCCGUCGAGUCGAGGAUGGGUGCGCUCAUGGGAGACCUGCCAUCAGAUACGCCAAAGGAGUCUACCCCGGCUCCAAAUGGUACAAAGGCUGGAUCGGAGAAGCAUGCCACUGCCACAAAUGGCGGCUCCGAGCCGGCCAAAAGCCCUGGCGAGGAGCAAGAGGAUAAGGCUGCAGACAAGGCUGCAGACAAGAUCGCAGACCGCGUCAAAGAGCUAAAGUCACGAGUCACGAUUGGCAAGGACGGCAAGAAACGUGUUGCACCUCUUCUUGUUUCGUCGUCCGGUACUGGUCAGUCCUCGUUGCCCCAGACACAGCUAGUUGGCUCAACAGCAACCAAGACCACGCAGAAUGAUGCCCCGCAAACCACUCUAGAUCUCAGCAAGCCGUUCGACGGACUACCCAAAGGUGGCAUCGCUUCCAUGCUCCUGGGAAACAAGAGAAAAUCUGUCACUGGAGAGGCCGACGAGGAUGAAGAAGAACCUGCGGCCAGGCGAGUUGCAAUAGGUCCUUUGCCAAUAGUUACCAACGGCAUUGAUGGCGUAGAGCCUGCCGCUCUUACUCUAGUGCAGAAUGGAGUGGUCCCUACGCCCGAAUUUCUGCGUCCAGCAGUUUUAAAUCCAUCAAUAUCAUUUUCUCAAGUGAGAUUGGCAGUCCCUCGGAUUCGAUCACAUAUUCUCCGUCCAAUGGAUCGAGGGGUGUUACAGCCGGAUGGCACUUCCGAAGAUGCAUCCAAGGCCCCAGAAAGUAUCAUCAUGGAAGCCAAAAACGACACGAACCCACGGGAUCCAUCGCACGUCAUGGUCACGAAGAGAGGAAAGUUGCUAUGGCAGGAGUUUCUUCCCCGAGCCGUUAUCCUGGUAACUGCCAACAAGAACUUUUGGGCGGCAGCCUGUGAGGACGGGUCUGUUCACGUAUGGACACCCGCCGGUAGGCGUUUGCUGAACCCUAUUAUACUUGAAUCCCAACCAGUCAUUCUGGAAUGUCGAGAGCAUUGGCUGUUGUGCAUAACUGCCGUUGGAUUGGCGCAUGUCUGGGACUUGAAAAUGCAAGCUUCACCGCAUCCUCCAGUGUCACUUGGACCGAUCCUCGAUGUAGCCACCACGUCGUUGAACCAGCACACCGCGAGCCCUGGGCCGGGAGUCACUUCUGCUCAUCUAAACACAAACGGAUACAUUGUCGUGACACUUACUAACGGCGACGGAUUCUACUAUGCUCGGGAAAUGUACACCUGGCAGCGGCUGAGCGAAGCCUGGUGGGCAGUUGGGUCUCAGUACUGGAAUUCGAAUGAUUCUUCAAUAUCCGCAUUACAAUCAACAGCUGUUGGGGCUACUUCCACGGAGACUGGAGACGAGACCACGACCGCUACCGUCUCUUCUGGUAUUAUACCAUUCCUGGAGCGUCACACGACGAACGAGUUUCUCCUCAAGGGUCGUGCGUAUGCUCUGCAGCGCAUGAUCAAGACUGUCAUGCAGCGGAAAGAAAGUGAAGAUUUGGAAAGCACCAUCAGCAUUGCUCAUCUGGAAAAUCGUAUUGCUGGCGCAUUGCAACUCGGAGCCAAAGAAGAGUUUCGCCUGUAUCUGUUCAUGUAUGCCAAGCGCCUGGGAGCAGAGGGGACCCGACCCAAGGUUGAGGAGCUUCUUAAUAGUCUAAUGGGUGGUAUUCUGCGGGAAAAGCACAUCGAAAAUCAGCAAGGCAAAGGAUGGUACGGCGUCGAUGAUGAGAUUUGUGGUUGGAAUCGCAAGGAACUUAUCAGAGGGGUCGUUUUGAUUCUUGGCAAAUAUCGCGAGUUGCAACGGUUGACAUCACAGUACGCACGGGUCCUUGACCUUAGCCUGGAAGAGAGCGCCGUGGACGUUGACAACAUGGACGUAGAGGCUUAG